AUGGGGUUCCCUACUAUCCCAUACGAUCCAGCUCGGGCUGCAGCAUUAGACAAUGAGGCAAGUCAGAGAAUGUUUCGUCCAUUAUCUAUUUCUGAGCGAGCAACCUUUAAAAAACUUAUUGCUGCCACUAAAUCAGCAAAAACAGUUGAAAAUGGCUAUCCUACUUGGAAGAAUGUCAUCUCCCAAGUAUCUCUUCACAACAAUCUCCUCAGCCUUAGGGAAGAAGAUUCAUUUUACCUAGGCGCUGAUUUUCGAAGCAUUCCUGGGACUGGCAACAUCAGCACAGCCAAUCUGCUCUUGUAUCUAAACAUGAUAUGCUCAUAUCUCAACACACGGGUCGGCCGCGGACAUGCAUCGAUACAUAAAGUCCCAUUUGUAGCGGUGGGAAGAAUGAAUCUGGGCGCAAAUAUUGCUAGAAUGCAAGUUUCCUCGCUACUCGACGUUGAAAGGAGCUCGAAAGGUCUAGACGAGCUUAUGCUUUCGCACUCACCAGGAGAUCCAUCUUUCCCCAUGUCUAGCAACUUCAACAACGUACAACAUAUACUAGUACCUAUUAAUUCUUCGUUCGCCCCAGACCCGUCUGAUCCACAGAAGAUAUUUGGGCACCAAAGUCUAUUAGUAAUUUCGCCACGUGCACAGACUGUCGACCAUCUCGAUAGUCUUCAGUAUUUAUAUCCGCAUCCUGAGGUUGUAGGUAAUACCUUUCGUUUAAUAUCUCAUCAUCUAGGUCGCGACUUUAUACCUUCUGAAUGGCGCAUGAGAGAGGAUGAAAGUACAACUCAACCCCUCAACUCCAGGGACUGUGUCGUUAUAUCCGCAACAAAUGCUCUAGCUGUUGCUAUGGGUUACGAUUUGGAUUUCAGCGGCAGAGAUUGGAAACUACGUAGGGAAAGAUUUGCAAUAGAGCUCGCUAAAGCGAGAUUUGAGGAGAAUCCGAACAGCCCUUAUUUUUAUGGCUCAACUGGAAGAACUCCAAGCAAUCGUAUCAAUGACGGGUUCAUACCGCUUACCAAUCACAUGAUGAAUUGGCUAGACUUUGAAGUACGAGCCAGGACAGGAAUUCACGAUGGGUUGACUAUGGUCGAGUUGGACGCACAUUGUAGUGCUAGAAAUUCUGAAGAUUUGGACGCAGGACAAUAUACCGAGAGGUACGAGAAAUUUAGGAUAUGGAGACAGCAAGGAAAGGAGAAGUACAUUAGCUCGAUCGAGCAAGCAGAUUGGAUUUUUGACAACCCGGGUCAAUCAACUGCGCCUGUUCGUGACCCAGAUCCCGUGAGAAACACAUCCGGGGCGGAUGAUAUCAUUGAUCUAACUUGA